AUGCAAUCCCAAACCCGCGACGUCCCUAUGGACGAGGUUGAAGUCCCUCUGGCGACUACCCACCCAGGGUCGGCGGCAAACCCCCGACCUCACCUUAGGAGAUUCACGGCCCAUCUAAUGCGGCAAAAAGAGGUGUACGAACGAACCAUACAGGAUCUCCACGACCAAUUAUCUGAGAAGGAUGCUCAGAUCGAUGCCCUCAACAAGACACUCCUCCGAACCGGUCGGGGAGAUGCCCUCACGGACGAUAUUGUUAAAACCUAUUUUAUCCAGCUGAAAGGCGCAAUUUUUCAGUUUGUGAUGAAUCACUGUGGACUGUUUCGCCACCAGCUGACAACCACCUCUUCGUCAAAAGAGCACCAGACCUGCAUUCUAACAUCCGAUCUAGCCACCAUCAUUCACAGCAAAUUCUUCUCUCCCGAUUCCCUGGCUUUUGGUCACAGUAACCAUACGGGGUCUCAACACCCCUUGGACAUCGCUGACAAACACCUGCAAAAUUCGAGUUGCGAUGAGACUCUGCAUCGCAAAUGGCGCAUCGCAACGGCUAAAGCGAUUGCCUCCAUGCAUGCCAACACCACCGCCGACGAGCCCUACCUCCUGGCGCGGUCCAUCUGGGUAUCCCUCCACACCAAAUACGGCCUUCCUCCGCAACUCCAGGGGCACCCAACGGAUCUCAAGGACCUAUGCGAACAAGCCAUCACCCUAGCUCUUAAGCUACGUUCCUCAAAGGUCGAAUACGUCUGGGAACAGACUCUGUCGUCGCGAUGGGAUGGGGUAGCGCCUCUACCGAAAGAUGUCGUGGUGUGGGUAGAGGGACCGGACCUUGCUGAGGAUGAACCGUCUGAUAUCUCGUUGAUUGUGUUUGGGGGAGUAGUUCGAGAUACUCGGAAAUUUGAGUCUCGGUGGGAAACCAACGCUGCUCAAUUCCAAUCUUUUCUUUUCCUUUUGUCCCUUGACUUGACCCCACCAUCACCCAAGGACCCCUCCUGCUGGCCUCUCUUUCUCGGCGACGCCGCUGCAGAGAUGGGAGACUCUGGGAUAGGAGGGCUGAGACCCCCGCUGGACUUGCUAAAGUCUGUGUCUGAAGGCGACUACACCGGGGUUUUGACCUCUCCAGCGGCAAGGACUGGCAUCCAGCAGUGCGUCGCAUCCCUACAGACUCCAGGAACCACAGGCGCGGAAGGACGAGACGACAAACUCGCCGUUGGCAUUGCGGCCUUCAACGCUUUUUUACAAAUUAACGUUACGGGUCCGGUCCUUGAAGGUGUUGGAAACGUCGAAGCCGUCUUCCAGGAGGCAGGGGGUGACAGGUCCAUUGAGGAACUGAGGAAGGAGUGUCUUAGGGCGCUGGAGGUGGAUGGCGUGUCGCCCUACGCUUAUAUUCCGAACGUUGAGCUAUUUUACCUUGCGCGCUACGUUAUCCUUGGCCUUGGCCUCGAUGAAUUCGAGGGGAGGAAGAUUGCGCUUGAAGAAGGCGUUGGCGUUUCACUCCAGUGGCUUCGGCUCAGGGUGUUCGUGUGGCAUUACAAGCUGUUGACGCAGCCUAGUCUGGGACCCGCCUCGUCGUUCAUGAAGAGUUCGCAUUGGAGCGAUGUGCCCACUCUCAUUUCCCAGGCGCAGGGUGUCAUGGAGGAGGUUAGGGCUGAAGUCCUGGCACAGGAGGGUAACUCCUGGACCGUCGAGGAGAGGGUGAGGUGUCUCCUCGAGCUGGCGAAUAUCGAUAUAAUGCUGGGUCGGGACGAAAAGGCCAGGGAGGCGAUUAAGGGUGCGGCAGAUUUAAGUGGGUUCGAGUAUGCCCUUACGGGCGCGUUGGGUAAGAGGACGAAAUUUCAGGAGACGAGCUUGAGUCAGCUGGUGAUUCUUGCGAGGAGUAACAAGGGCCACCAAGAUAGCCAAACCGAGAAAACUACGUCCGUUCCCGGGACCUUACCUUUGAACGAUGAUGUUUUGCUCGAAAAAGUUGCUUUUGAUGGACGCGAGAAUGGUGUUGUGGAACCAAGCGUGGAGAAAUCGAGUGGUGACGGACUCGCCAAAGACCUCAACCCGGAUGCGCAACCACAGCUUUCUACGCUGGACCAGAUUAUCCUCUUGACAGAGGCGACGCUGAAGGAUGUCUUUUCGCCGCUCGAUGCGCUUACUUCGGAGGAGAUUCUGCCGUACGCCGAACGUGUGCUGCAGGAUAAGUCGACCAACUGGCAGGUGUAUACGCAGGCGCUGAUUGUGAGGUCGAGGCUGGAGGUUCACCGGAGCCGGACAGUGGAGAGGGGCGUGUUGCAGAUGCAGGCGGUGAUUGAUCAAGUUAUCGUGGACACCUCGACGCCGCUUGCACUGAAUUCUUCUGCCGCGACGGAUGCUAAGGUGGAAGGAGAAGAUACCGCUGUUCCCACUAUUGCAGUUAGUGCGCCUGGAGAACAAGCUUCGCCAGUCGAUGAGACGAAGCCCACAUCAUUUUUCCGCGCCCUAGAGGCUUCCGAUUCAGCGCCCGCACAGGAGAGACUCAAGUACAUCCACGCCAUCGCCACGCCACCGAGGUGGCAUCUCGAGUCCGAGCUCGCAUACGGCUGGACAGGCAUCGGUGCGCUCGUCUCAGCCCUCGAGAUCUUCAAGCGGCUCCGUCUCUGGGCCGAGGUAGCACUUUGUCUCGCCACGGCAGCCGCCUCAGCCGAGAAUGACGAAGAAGGUCGGGGAAGUGGCGGCGACGCGAAAGCUCGCGGCAUAAUCCGCUGGCGUCUUUUCAACAGGACGGGCCGUCCCGCCUCCGAAUCUAUCGACGCCGACGCCGAAUCCGUCUCGGACAACGACGUAACGCACCUCAAGCCUUCCGACUUUACCGGGCCCGAACGAGACCCUCCUCCACCCAACGCGCCACGCCUCUUCUGCAUACUCGGCGACCUAGAGGAUGACCCUUCGCACUACGAACGCGCCUGGGAGAUUUCCAAAAAGAGAUUCUCCCGCGCUCAGAGGAGCCUGGCCGAACACUACCUCCAACAGAAGGAUUUCGCUGCCGCCCGUGACGCCUACAAGAUGGCGGUGCGCGUCAACAGACUUAGUCCCGAAAUGUGGUCGCGGCUGGGUGAUAUACACCUUCGGCUCGGUGAGACGCAAGAUGCGGCGGAUGCUUUCGGGCGGGCUAUUUCGGCUGCCAGUGAUGUCGUCGGUGGCGAGGACGCCAGAACGUGGAGCAAUCUUGGGAGUGCGCUUUGGAGCAUGUACCUUGACGCCGUCGAGGAUCUCAAGAACUCUAAGAAGGAAAACGCUCCUACAAAACCCACUAAACUUGACGACGAGGAGACGGACGAGGAAGAAGGUGACGAAAACGAGAAGGACGCGGGUGGAAGAUCGAAGAGCGCAAAGGACGCCGCUACGCUUCUAACGCAGUCUCUACAGGCGUAUAAGCGCGGAGCGAACCUCGCGAGGGAAAAUUGGCAGAUUUGGGAUAACGUGUUAACCAUCGCCUCGAGAACACGGCCGCUUUUCGUAGCGGACAUGGUGCAGGCUCUGCAGAACAUUAUUCGAAUUCGAAAAACGGAGACGGCAAUCGACGAAGAUAUCCUCCGGCUCCUUCUACAGGAAGCAGUUCUUUCCAAGGAGAAAAAAGCAGUGCCGGGUCGAGACGAGAAUGCAAUUUACGAAACACCAAGAGGCUCGGAGGAGAGGUCCGUCGUGGAACUGAUCGAGAGGGACGUCGUUCCUCUCAUCACCGCGCGUUCGGAGCUCUGGGAACUCGUGUCGAGGGAACGUGCUUGGAGGAGGGAUUACGCUGGGGCGGUGGAGGCUUCGGAGAGGGCUUGGCGGGCGUCGAUUGGCAUGGCUGGAGCUGCUGCGAACCUCGCCGUCGGUGCGGGUAGCGGCGAUUCGAACGCGGCUUGGCAGACGGAUGUGGAGGCAUGGAAGGUUGUUGUGAAAAGGACGGACGAGUUGGUUUCUGUGUUGGAGAACUACGGAAUGGAGGUGGAGAGUGUUGGCGAGAAGUGGAGGGCCAAGGCGAGGAGUGCUGUGAGGAGUGUAAUAGGGAAGGGGAGGGCGAGGUGGGAGGGCGGCGAAGGGUGGAGUAUACUAGAGGGGUUGAUCGAGGAGCUGAAGAGGUAG